AUGCUCAAUAUUAAAUCGUUUUGUCUACGCUGGGCAUCAGCUUGCUUAGAAUUCCUCAAAACAAUCCUGAUGGUCCCAUUAUCUACCUUUCAUCACCGUUCUUCAGAAAGCUCCAUUAAAACUGGUAGUUACGCGUUGAGCCUGGAAGGAAAGAAAAGGUGCAAUUUGAAAACUCCAGAGCCUUGCUUUGGCACAAAUAAAAGUUUGGUCAUUACAUUCGGGGAAGGAAAGUCUGGCCAACGAUGGCUAGCUUUGAAUUUACUCAAUGUUUUUCCUGAACAAUAUUUCGAUUACAUCGUUAUGGUUCACGACAAUUCCAGCUGGAAUCAUUAUUCAGGAUACGAUAAAAUCGUCUGGAUUCAUGUAAGAGGUCAGUUUCGGUUCUGGUAUGUUAAAAGAUUUGCCCCUCCUCAUAUAUUGCGAGCUUAUCGGUAUAUAUGGAUAAUAGACGACGACGCUAGAUUCCACUUCAAUACGCGUGCAUAUGAAUGUGUCGUGGAAAAAUAUAAUGUUUUACUCUCAUCUCCAGGUCGUUGGACAGAUUUUGUAGAGAUUGGGCCAUUAGUUAUCGGGAAAGCUUGGAUAUGGACAUGUCUCUGGGAUUAUUUAAGUGAAAAAAAUAGCUUAGGCUACGGCUUGGAUAAUAUUUGGUGCGGUGUCAUAAAUACUUGCUUCCGAGAAACUUUACCUUCGCGAGCAUGUGCAAUUCUAGACAUAUUCGUAGUACACCAUGAUUCUGAAAGGAUCAAUAACGCACAAAUAGGAUUAGCAGAAAUGCCAGCUUACGAAAAGCCUUACAAGCUGUAUUGGGCAAAAAUGCAAGAAUUCGGGCCGAUAGCAGUAGAUUUAGCACAUGUAAACAUAUGUAACUCAAAAGUGUCUCAAGCUUACACAAGAAAAUGA